AUGCCAGCGCCUCUACUCGAGAACCAUAGUGUAGCCACUCAAUUUAACGACCUGCAUAAUGCCCUUUACGCUAUCCCUCCGGUAUAUAACGAGGAACCUGAUCGGUCCGAGGGUCUCGGUAGCGCUACUUCGAUAGGGGUAUCCGGGGGGCCUCUGGACCUAGAUCCUACUGAGCCGGAGUUUUUCGUCCCCGAACCUAGCCCAUUGAACGACGACGAACCACCUGGAGAUUCCCAGGAGCCUACAGCAAAUCCUGCUCCUAGUCCUACGGCAGAUUACCCUGACUUUGCUACCGCGCCGGUCGCAUUAGGAAGCCUCCCACCAGACACCUUGGCUGCCGCUCUUAUCGAUCAACUCGUGACGUAUUAUGGCUGCGAUACUGGCUCGUAUCAGAUAUUAACCCCUACGGGUCCAACCUAA